CCUCACCGGACUAGGUGUGCCUGGAGGGCACGCAGCGUCGUGAUACACAGGUGUGCUCGGGGCUGUCCGCUGUCCCCCUCGGCGCCCGGAAGGCGGCCUUGCCCAGGCCCGGCGAUCCCUCCCCGCCGGUGGAGGCACGCGGCGGGCGGGGCCGGGCGGGGCCGCGCAGCCCGUAAAAGCGGCGCGGGCCCGCGGCUGGACACCGACGCCGGCAACCAUGGCGCGUCCGAGCCUUCUGCUGCCGCUGGGCCUGGCGGCCCUGCUCGCGCUCUGCCUCCUGGCGCUGCCCCGCGACGCCCGGGCCCGGCCGGGGGAUCGCGAGGUCGGAGAGCGGCAGGACCUGUCGCCCAACGACCCGCAGGUGCGGAAGGCGACGCAGGCGGCCAUGGCCAGCUACAACAUGGGCAGCAACAGCGUCUACUACUUCCGCGACACCACCAUCCUCCGGGCGCAGAGCCAGUUGGUGGCGAGCAUCAAGUACUACCUGACCGUGGAGAUGGGGAGCACGGCCUGUCGGAAGAAUGCCAUGGCUGGAGACCACAUAGACCUCACCACCUGCCCCCUGGCCACAGGGGUGCAGCAGGAGAAGCUGCUCUGUGACUUUGAGAUCCUUACGGUUCCCUGGCAGAACUCCUUCCAACUUCUAAAGCACGACUGUGUGACCCUGUAGUAGACCCCUGUGGGCUUGGGUGAGGGAGGGAGCAGGCGGGUCUGGGCAGGAGUGAGCGCGUCGGUGGAGGGC